UCACAACCCCCCUCAGACGUGUGCGCCUGCUCUUUCAUUCCCCCAGAAGUCUUUGCUCAGGAAUCUCUUCCGGAUCUCGGAUGUUUUGGGUUCAUUCAGCUCCUCUCCCGGUGUGUGGAGGGAACAGCCAAAAACUACGCGUCCCGGACUCCUGUCCUCCCGGCACACAGAAAUGAAUACCGCAAACCAGGUACAGACCUACAAGAAGAGACGGGACUCCACCCUGGCAGAAAAGGUGAAGAUCCUAGAACUUCUCCAACAACCCAAAGCGUCUCAGUCAUCAGUGGCCAGGAACAUGGGACUCUCACAGUCCACAAUUAGUCGUGUCAUGAAAAAGAGAGAAGAGAUUCUAGAGCGCUGGAACCAUAAUGAGAACCCGAGUCGUAAGCGUAAUAGACCCUUCAAACACGCCAAGGUGGACGAGGCUCUACUGGAAUGGCUUCUCUUCGCCAAGGCCAAUAAGUUUCCCAUUUCUGGACCAAUACUUAUGAGACAGGCUGAAACCAUUGCAAAAGAAAUCGGAUGCCCGCAGUUUAAACCAUCGAAUGGGUGGCUGUGGAGGUGGAAGGAACGGUACAGACUCUUCUACAGGGCAGAAGUCCUACCGGGGGAGAGGUGGUUUGGCGGUAUCGGUGAAGGUGAGUAUGUAAAAAUCCUACCUAAGGAUUCACAGAUGGUCAGACUGGAACUGAACGGUGGAGCAGAAGGAAGAGCUAGUGGAAGCCAUUACAACCCUAGUGGACAAAUCCAAGGAGAACGGAGCGAGCACAUGAUGUCCAUGCUCCGCGGCCAAGCUGCUCAAGUAGAUGUUUUUAGUAGAUCGGCAUUGCUUGCUCAAAUUGCUAAAGAUUACCCUUUACAAGACAUUUUCUGUGCCGUGGGGUCGCCUUUCCAUUUCAGAAUCCUGGCCAAGCAAGGGAUGAACGCCGCGCCAAAGGAAACGGUCUGCAUCUGGUUCUGCUGCAACAUCAACGGGACGCAACGACUAAAAUUGAUAGUCACUCACAAUCUUCCUUCCAGAUCUGUCGGAAGCCAUUGCCUUUCUCCGGUGUCUCUUAAAGCCAGUCAUAAUGGACACAUGACCGAUAACUUACUCAUCGAGUGGCUUCUCAACUGGGACGCUAAACUCGAUAGACAGGAAAGAAAAAUUCUUCUGGCCUUCACGGCGAAUAAUACGGGACCCAAAGUGAAGCUUAGAAAUAUCUCAUUGUGUAUUUUCCCCAAAGAACACGUUUCGUCCAACCAUUACUUUGGCGUAGAGUUGGUCAACGAGUUUGGCAUGCUCUACAGGGAACUUCUCCUAGAGAGGUUGCAAGAUGAGACCACCGCCGGUAGAAAAAGUGAGGCCUCUCUGCUCCAGAAGAUGUGUGAGAUAUCACUGGUAGAGGCCAGUUACACCAUGAAUAAAGCUUGGUUGAGAGUGACACCACAUACCAUCAAAUCUUGUUUCCAGAAGCAGGAAGUGGUGCGAAUUCUUUGCUCUGCCACGCGGGAUCCAUCGGAGGCCAAAUCCCGUGAAGACCUAUCAUUUUCCAUUUUACAAGAAAGCAACAGUAACGCUGCAAAUUACACAACGCCAACCACGGUCCUGGUCUCCCACCGAACGCCGACCAUCAAGGAGGAGGAGGAGGAUGAAAGCCCUGGAUUCAAAACCUCCCACAAAAAAACAUUGUAUCCAAAUCAAAAACUCAAAGCAAGUGACAAGGAGGAUCGGGCCUCGUACAGUGGUUUAGAGUCCUAUCCAAGACUCUCUGCUGGCCCGGAGGAAAUAUCCACCAUUGUGGUGAAGUCUGAAGUCCCUAGAGAGCGCGUGAGCGUCGAGGAGAUCAAAGAAGCUUGUGACAUCAUCCAGCAGUUCUUGUGCCAUGAAAACCAAGACAUGAGCAUCUUCUGCGCAUUGCAAAGUCAAAUCGAGAGAUGUCUGACCAAUCCAACCAAUGACCAAGUAAUGAUGUGACCGCGAUAGGACCGUAAUGGGACAUGUGUCGUCUGCUCUUCUUUCCAGCUCACGUUUGGUGGACGGUCGAGUAUAUCAUUUAGUGGAAAGGGUCUAAACAUAAACUAUAAAGACGUGCAUGUAAGAUACAUAGAGAAGACGGGGCGAGGAGAAUCGGAAAUGGCGUUGUACAGCUCGGCCUUCCGUGUAGACAGAAUUUGGCUUUAUCUGAAAACUUUUUUGGGCCCCUUUUUAUGAACUUUCUAAAUGAGAAUUCGAUCUUAGGAGAACAAGGGCAACAAAGAAUUGGUGGGGGACGUGAUAUUCCAGAGAUCCAGGUUGGACAGAUCUGUCACCAUAUUAGGCCAUUAGCACUUGAUAGUGGCCAGAAGAAGCACUUGUUGCCUAUCUGUACCCCCGGACUUUGUCCCUCUCCCCUGUACGUUAUUUGAGUAUCUUUUUGUCCAAAUAAAAAAGUUUGAAGAC